AUGGUUGGUGACCCCUUUGUGUCGGUCCGCCUCGUCUUUGAGUUGAACCCCGAGGCUUCUCUGAAAAAAACGACGACCAAUUUCACUGCGCUAUGUACGGGGGAGAAAGGAAAGUGUAAAAAUGCACGUAACAAAGAGCUAUAUUACUUGGGAUGCCCGAUACAUCGCAUCGUGAGAGAUUUUGUGGCACAGGGGGGCGAUGUUACAAGGGGGGAUGGCAGUGGCGGCGAGUCGAUAUAUGGAGGCAAAUUCAACGAUGAAAGGGAUGGCUUGAAGAUCAAGAUGAGAAGAGGAACCCUGGCGAUGGCCAACUCCGGCAAAAAUACGAAUUCUUCCCAGUUCUUCGUUGUGCUCACGGAUGACGAGACGCAGCUCGCAAAAUUGAACGGCAAAUAUGUGGCAUUUGGGGAAUUGAAAGCGGGAAUUGAGGUACUGGACAAGCUGGAUAAAGUUGCUGGAGACGUCGAUGGGAAACCCAAUGUACCGGUGUGGAUUGGUGGAUGCGGGAAGGGGACUGCGUAAAAUGACACGUAACAAGGGGUGUAGUGUUCACCUAAAUUCAGACAUUGGGGUGCGAUGAUAAUCGGCAUACUCGUCCGAGACUUAUGGCACUUCUCCCGCGAGUGGAGAUCACAUAAGGAGGCGAGGUCGCUUACAAAAACAUGAGUUGUGUUGCUAUGCUAUGCGGGGAAAACAUACAUUCGGUGUCACGUUGUCCCUCUACUUGUGUUUCUCUUCGCUUGAGCGGUUGAGAGUCGAUGCUAGCUGUUGUGAGACAAUUCGUCCACCAGGGCCCUUGGAGCGAAAACAUUCGUCAUCAAGAUCCGCCAAUACAACGUUAUUAUGGAUGUAUCUGUAGGGCAGGCA